AUGGAGAUGGCAAACUUUUCUAUUCAAUGUAAAAGUCCAUCGUAUAAUCUCUCUGAUGAAUUAACGAAUAGUCAACUCUAUAGUGAAGAUCUUGCACCGACUCCAUCGUCCCAACGAACAUGGACAAUAUGGAAUUAUGCUGCAUUAUGGAUUUCGAUGUGUCAUUGUUUACCAACUUAUGCUUUAUGUGGAAGUUUGAUAACGGGUGGUAUGAAUUGGCUUCAAGCAUUAGUUACGAUUGGAAUAGGAAAUUUAAUUGUAUUGAUUCCAAUUUUACUUAUUGCUCAGCCAGGAACAAAAUAUGGAAUUCCAUUUCCUGUUUUAGCUCGAUCAGCAUUUGGUACUUAUGGUGCUAAUGUACCAGCUAUGCUUCGAGGGCUUGUUGCUUGUGGAUGGCUUGGCAUCAAUGUGUUCUUGGGUGGUGAAGCUCUUAAAACAUUUGUUAUAGCUGUUUGGCCAGGUUACGAAAAUGUCGGACAGAAUUUCACAUUUCUUGGUUUAUCUAUACCAAGUUGGUUAACAUUUGGUUUAUGUUUAUUAGUACAUAUUAUAAUUAUUUAUUAUGGUAUGGAAGCAGUUAAAAAAUUCGAAAAUUGGGCAGCACCCGUUGUACUUAUUAUGGCUGCUAUUCUUCUUGUUUGGUUGGUCGUAAAAGCUAAAGGUUUAGGUUCAAUGUUAAAAAAACCAUCGAAAUUUCAGACGUUUCAUGAAUUUUGGAUUAUAUUUAUACCUUCAUUGACAAGCACCAUUGGUUUUUGGUCCACACUUGCAUUAAACAUUCCAGAUUUUACGAGAUAUGGUCGUAGUCAACGUGAUCAAAUACUUGGCCAAUCACUUGGAUUACCUUUAACUAUGCUCAUAUUUAGUGCUAUGGCCGUUAUUAUAACAAGUACAGCACAAGAUGUUCUUGUGAAUGCACCAGGAAAUUUAUGGGAUCCUGUUUAUUUACUUGCAGUUAUAACUUCUCCAGAUCGUGCUUUCUUCUCAACACCAAUGCGUAUCAUCAUAGCUAUUGUUUCCUUAUUAGGCAUAUUAAUCGCUACUGUUUCCGUAAACAUAGCAGCAAAUGUUGUUUCUCCAGCAAAUGAUUUCGCUAAUCUAUGUCCAAAAUAUAUUUCAUUUAAGACUGGAGGCUUAAUAACUUGCAUAUUAUCCGUUGUUAUAAUGCCUUGGAAACUAUUAUCUAGUUCAGAAGAAUAUGUUUUCACAUGGUUAAUUGGUUAUUCAGCGUUAUUGGGUCCUAUUGCUGGUAUAAUUAUUGGUGAUUAUUAUUUAUUGAAAAGACGAAAAUUAGAAAUUGUUGAAUUAUAUUGUGAUACGUAUCCACUCUAUAGUUCUCGAGCUAUGAAUUGGAUUGCUAUGUUAUCACUUGCAGUUGGAAUUGCACCAAAUAUACCAGGCUUUAUUAGAAGUUUACAACUUGAUCAUAAUCGAGAAAAGACAGCUAUUGAUCAAAUUUAUAUUUAUGCUUGGUUUAUUGGAUUUUUAUUGGCUGGAUUUGCCAUUCGAAUUCCACACACUGCUCUUCUUGAUGUUUUUGGAAGACCCGUCGCUAUCAAUAGCCAAGAUUUCCGUCGAAUAUCUAAUCCACAUUAUUCGGAAAAAAAUUCAGCACAUAAUCAUCAUGAACAGAAUAGCAAAGGUGUAAACUCAACUGGUCUAAUUGUUAAACCACAAAAUUCUUAUCGAUUAACUGUCAUCGGUGAAACUCCUCUUCAUAUUGCUAUUUUUUAUAAUGAUAUCAGUUCAGUUCAACUUUUGGUUAAACACAAUGUUGACGUUAAUCAACGUGUUGUCGGAGAUUUUUACCCGUCUGAACACAUUCGAAGUAAAGAUGAAACAAAAAACGGCAAAGCAAAUGGAUCUAGACAAGUUUUUCAUCGAAAUGCGACAUCACAAAAAAGCAUCAGUCUCAAAAAUGCGAAUCCUGAAACUACUGCUUAUUAUGGUGAAUAUCCACUAGCAUUUGCUGCUGCAUUUGGUUAUAAAGAAAUUUAUGAUUAUUUAAUUGAUAAUGGUUCUGAUCCAAAUAUGCAAGAUACAUAUGGAAAUACAGUUUUACAUAUGCUUGUUAUUCGAGAUCGAUCGGAGAUGUUUAAUCAUGCUAUUCGACAUCCAGUAAAAAAAGCACUUACAGAUAUUUGUAAUAAUGAAGGAUUAACUUCAUUAACAUUAGCUGCUAAACUUGGUCGAAAAGAACUUUUUCUUCAAUGCUUAGAAUUAUCUCAUGUGGAAAUUUGGCGUUAUUCAAAUAUAAAAUGUUGCACAUAUCCACUGCGUGGUAUUGAUACAAUCGCGGAUGGUGGACAUAUAGAUUGGAAUUCUUCAUUAAUGUCAAUUGUUAGUGGUAAAACCGAAAACCAUUUAGAUAUGCUUGACAAUAUGCUCAUUGAACGUCUAUUAAAUGAUAAAUGGUCGACAUUUGCUCGAGUUCAUUUUGUUCGACAAUUAAUUUUACUUUGUGUUCAUUUAUUUUUUUUAAGUACAGCAAUAUUUUUACGUAAUCCAAAAGAUAAUCAAUUAUCAGUUAAAAAAAUUUUCUGUCAUAUUGCUGAAGUAUGCGUUUUAUGUGGUUGUAUUAUCAGUAUAUUUUCAUUAUUGGCAAAAGAAAUUUAUUUACAAGGAUUUAAUUCUUAUUUACAAAAUUUAAAAAGCUAUCCAGAAAAAUUACUUUUUCAAUGCUCAUGUAUUCUUAUUAUUCUAGCUGUACCAUUUCGUAUACUUUAUUUAGCAACAAAAAAUAUUGCAUUUGGUUAUGUUGAAGAUGGUCUUGUAUCACUGGCUGUACCCGGGACAUUUUUAUAUUUUCUGUUUUUUGGACGAAUUUAUGCCUUAACUGGUGCAUUUAUUGUUAUGAUAUUUGAAAUGAUUACGGGAGAUAUUGCAACAUUUGGCGUUAUCUAUGUCAUUGUUAUAACAGCUUUUGGGCAAGUGUUUUAUCUACUCUUUCGAGAUACAAGCGAAGGUGGUAAUUGUCUACAGUUAUCACCUAAUGAUACAUGUGAAGUUGAAAAUAUGUGCUCAUUUAAAAAUUUUGAAGCAUGGAUGACAAUGGUUCAUUUUACAAUGGGAGAAUUCGAUUUUUCUCGUUUUGAUUCAACACAUUAUUCAUAUUUAGUUAAAAUCUUAUUUAUCGUUUUUAUGAUUUUAACACCUAUACUUUUAUUAAAUAUGUUAAUAGCUUCAAUGGGUAAUACAUAUCAACGUAUUAUUACUAUUAGUGAAAAGGAACGUAUUCGUCAAUGGGCUCAACUUGUCUUAACAAUAGAAAGAUCCUGUUCGGCAAAACAACGAUUUGAUUAUCAAGGUGUAUAUGCCAUUGGUGCUGAUGAUAAACGAGAUAUUAUGGUUAUCAAACGAGUUACAAAAAGUAAAGCAGCUCAACGGAAAGGCGCUAUUAGUAAUUGGAAGCGAGUCGGAAAACUUGUUUUAUAUUUAUUAAAAGAACAACAAACAACAGCUGAACAUGUUCGUCUUCGUCGUGUAUCACAUCAAUCUGUUGUUCUUAAACCUAAAGCACAAUUUGAUCAUAUGCUUGAAACUCUUGCUUGGGAACGCGAUAUUGAUUUAUCUGGACCGAAAAAUUUAUCCGGAUCGAAUCAAAACCUUAAUUUAGCUUCAACACAACUUGCACCUGACUUAAUUUCAAUAGACUCUCGUCCGUCAUCACCACCACCACCACAAUUUGUUACUAAUGAAUAUCCAACACCAUCAUCGAUUCCACAACGAUUUCCAGCUAAUCGUAAACCGAUUUGUCGUUCGGAAUUGGCUGAACUUCGUUCACGAGCAUCAUUUGUUGAUUAUGAAGAUUUAGAAAUAUUUCAUCACGAACGACCAUUAACAACAGCACAGCAACCGAUACGACGAACUUCAAUGAUGCCUGUUGAUGCUGAUGGCUAUAAAGAUUUGCUAUUAGAUUUUGAUAACAAACGAAAAAAAACAAAUCAAUUUAUGUCUCGCGGUACAUCGAAUACAAGUAUAAAAUCAAAAACAAGCGAAACAACACUUUGCUAA